AUGUAAUUAAAUAAAAGAAUAUUUAGAAUAUUUUUCAAGAAAAUGGAAUAAGAAUAAAAAUAGAUACAGAAAUAUUUGGAAGAUUCAUACUUAACUUAAUAUCCUAGUACUAUUCUUGAUGUUAAACGUGUACCAAUGAAUGAAUAAAAUCAAUAAAAUACUAAUUACAUAUAAUUACUUUUGAAAGAGAAUAUAUUUCAUCCUUAAGGAGGUGGUUAACCAGAUGAUGAAGGAUAGAUAAAGUUAAAUGAUAAGUAUAAAACAAUAUAUAUUUAGUUUAAUAAACAUAAAAUAGCUUAAAAAUGAUAAAGCUAAAUAAUAAGUUUUAUUGAGUUUAGAAGAUUAGGAAUAAUUAUUUGAUCUUCUAAUGGAAGCAAAAUAAUAAAACUAAUAAAUAAUAUAGUUGGUAAAUGAACAAUAAAGAAAGAAUUAUGCAAAACUUCAUUCAGCUGGUCAUUUUAUUGAUAUGGCUGUAAAGAAGAUUGGUUUAAAAUGGAUUGCAGCUAAGGGAUAUCAUUUUCCAGAUGGAUCAUAUGUAGAAUAUUAAGGAAGUAUUGAAGGAAAGGCAGAAGAUAUAUAAAUGUCUUUAUAAUAAACUUGUGAUUAAUUAUUAUAAGAGACUUAAGAAGAUGAUAAAAAGAUAGUAGAAUAUUUAAAUGAAGAACAAUUAAGUUAGAGAAUAGGAGAAGUACCACCUUAUUUUAAAGGGGUUGAAAAUAUAAGAUUUGUAAAAUUAUGUAAAUAUGACGAUGGAUGUCCAUGUGGAGGAACUCAUGUGAAUCAUGUAAAAGAAUUGAUUAAAGUUAACAUAUCAAAGAUUUAGAAGAAAGGAAAGUUUGUAAGAGUAAUUUACAAAGUUUAAUGAGAUAUCAAUCAAUUUAUAUUUUAAAAG